AUGUCGGACGCAGACUCGCAGCAGAUCCCGCCAAUCGAGAUCGGCUCAUUUAUUGCCCUACGGCCCGACAAGAGCGAGUUCAUCGGCAGUGCCAGCGGUGUCUUCUUCGCAAACACCGUCUUUCGGGCUUUUGCAACUGCAACGUCGACCUCAGGCGGUGCUGCGGCGAAGCGCUCUCAGGGAGAUGUAGAUGGCCUCGGCGCUACAGCGACGCCGGACCCGGGAUCUGCGCAUGAGUAUGUCAUGGCGGAGGAGAAGGCUCAGGAGCAGGCAGUUGAAGACGACGAUUCUCUGGGAGUAGGAGGCGUGGGCGCUGAGGAAGCGAGCAAGAGCCCGGGAACACGAUCGUACGGCAUUGCAGCGCCUGGACUGGGAGUUCCGCCUCCCCCGGCUGUGGCCAAGCGGCUCCUCGUGGAAUACUUCAGGAGAUGGCAUCCCUUCCUUCCCUUUCUACAUGGACCUACGUUUUUUGACAAGGUGAAUCGCUUCUACGGGCUGGAGGGAGGCUCCCCGGAACCGAUGAGCCAGCGGAACAAGGUGUAUCAGGCCAUCAUCUUCCAAUGCGUCUUCAACAUUGCAGACUCGAAUCACAACCAGAAGCAGGAGCGGGAGCUGCCGGAAGAGUCGCGCAUCAAGUCUCCUGUUGCGCUGACAAGCCUGCUCGGCAUCCUCUCCAGUGGCCAUGAUAUCCCUUCUUUGCAAGCCCUCCUGGCCGUGGAGCUGUAUCUGAUGACACAGAUGUCCCUACGAGCAGCGUCGACGGUUCACGGAGCAAUGACGCGCAUCCUAUACCAUUGCGGACUGCACCGAUGCCCCUUUCGAUAUGUUCAGCUACCGCGCGAUAUUUGCGAUAUGAGGAAGAGGAUCUUUUGGUCUGCGUACGUGAUUGACCGUCAUCUGAGUCAGGUGCUGGGACACCCCCUGGCGCUCAACGAUGAGGAAAUCGACGUUUGUCUGCCGGGGGCACCAGAGGUUCACAACCCGGCCAGGCCAUUUCAAAAUGUCCCGCAAACGCGCUCUCCGGCGACGGAGGAUGACGUUCAUGCCUAUGCACCGGUCGACCAUCCUACUUUUGGGUCCAUUUCCUCCGCAGGAGACCUUACCGACGGGAGCACCAUUGGCACCCACGAAGAGAACAUCAAUACGGACCAGCUUGUCUAUCGGCCACAGAGCUUGGGCGAGUCUAUUCUCGGCUUCCUCGUGACAUAUUCGCGGCUGCUUGGCCAGGCUCUGGACCUAUUCCACAAGUCCAUCCACAGCCGGUCCAUCACCUGGGACAAGGUGCUAGAGAUGACGUCCAAGAUUCACGCGUGGUGGAACACGCUUCCGCCGUCUUUUCAGGGGGAAGGUCUGACGUCUAUCUUUGUCGAGCCGCAGUCCCACCAUGGCCCUCCCUUUGCGAUCUUGUACCACCAACUCAUCCUCAUCAUGAACCGGCCUUUCCUCUCUCUCCCGACGAACCGGACAGACUUCCAGUUUAGUCUCCAAACAGCUGUGAAUGCCAGCCGAGCCAUUGUCAAGAAGCUCAAGCUGCGGCAAGGGGACUCACCCUUGGUGGCUUGGCCAGGGAUGUUGUCGGCUGCCUGGAUGGCCGGGCUAGUCAUUGCGUAUGCCGGGUUGUUGAAGCUGUAUCCAAUGGAGAAGACUGUCCUGGAUCUCAACUGCGCCAUAAGACUGCUCGGCAUGAUGAGUCGAAACUGGACCAGCGCCCACCACUGCCGCGUAACACUCAAAAUGCUGCUGGACAGAUUGACAUCGAAGCCGUUCAUGGACAAAAUCAAUCCAGCAUUGUCGGCAGAUCCCUCCCUCAGCAUAUUGACGGAUUGGAGCCAGCCCGUCUUUUCAACGUACCAGAAUCUCCUCGAAGGGAGCCGCAGCAAGCGCCGCCGGAUGGAACAGAACAACGCCAGCGGCAAUAAUACGAACAUGAAUACCGGCAACAAUGGCAUCGGCAAUACCAAUACCAACAGCAACCCUGGCUUCAUGGGCAAUGCUAUGAGUGGCUACCCUGCCAGCCAUUUCGUUGGACCCGACGCCGGAUUCGUGGGCGGUGACAGUUUCUGGGACUACCCAAGCUUCCAGCCCGUGUUGGAGUAUACAGGUCCAGAUUUCGGAUUCGACGCAGAUCACCUCUCUCAGCAGGGGGAAUGGGAGCGGUUCCUGAGCGAGAAUAUGAACCCGGAAUCUUCAGGACUUUUGUUCAACAAUGUCGGAUGGGACUCAUACGUUCAGAAUUUAGGCGACAGAUUGAAUUUGUAA